GCGCGGUAGUCGAAAUGGUCAGCUUACUGCCAUAAUCCGAUACUGUAAGCAUUUUAUGCUGCAUUUAUUCCCGAAUUAUUUUCAUCUUAAAUCCUGCACUGUAUAUUCGCACUAUGAUAAAUUUCAUGUUAUUGUUCAGUCGUCAAGGUAA